AUAGAGAGAAAUGUGUGUGGAUGCGUUCGCGGUCGUCGUUGUGCGGCUGUAGACGGAGCAGAGGCGCUAUUAGCUGCACAAACUUUGGCCUACUUAGACGCAUGUUAGUGCUGCUGUGUCACCGUGCAGCAGCAUCAGCGGGGCAGAGUGCAGCAGCAUGCGGUACAGGGACUCCGGCAGAGCGGGCCUGGAGGAUGAGGAGGAGUUUGUGGAUAUACUUGGGGAGAGGAGGCGCAGCAGUGAUAUCAGCUUCUCCCUCAGGACCUUCAGCCCUCAGCCCUACAGAGGAGCCCUGUCCUGCUCCACGGCUGACCUCAACAACGCCGUGCUGGAGUCCCAGUAUCUGCGCUACAUGACCAAGGAGAUCGCCAUGGAGACGGGGUCAUCGGUGGAGGAGCUGAGAGAGGACGCCCAAGGGAUUCUGGAGGAAAUGUCUCAGAACCUGCAGCUGGGCUUCAUCAGGCUGAUGGCCUACGUGCUCAGCAAGGUGUUCAAGAGACUCUUCAGCAGCGUCCUUGUCAACAUGGAGGGACUCAACGCGCUCCAACAAGCCGUCCAGGAGAGUCCUGUGAUCCUGAUGCCCAAUCACAGGAGCUACGUGGACUUCCUGGCCAUCUCCUACAUCCUGUUCAGCUACGACAUCCCUGUACCUGUUAUUGCUGCAGGAAUUCCUCUUGCAGGGAUGAAGCUGGUCGGAGAGAUCCUGCGUCGCUCCGGAGCUUUUUUCAUCCGACGCGCCAUCGGCUCCGACAAACUGUACUGGGCGGUGCUGUCAGAAUAUGUCAAAACUAUCGUCAGGAGAGGAUUUGCUCCCAUGGAGUUUUAUGUGGAAGGCCUGCGGAGUCGAACACUGAAGUCCUUGACACCCAAGUUAGGUAUGAUGCACAUGGUGCUGGAGCCCUACUUUAAAGGUGAGGUGUAUGACAUCACACUGGUCCCCAUCAGCAUCAGCUACGACCGGGUGCUGGAGGAAUCGCUGCUCGCCCACGAGUUGCUUGGGAUCCCCAAACCCAAAGAAAGCACCACAGGUCUGCUGAAGGCGAGCAAAGUGCUCCAGGAGGAUUAUGGCAGCAUGCAUGUGAACUUUGGUCGUCCGCUGUCGGUCCGGCAGCUGUGUGAGGGCAGAAUAAACCGCAGCCAGUACAACCUCAUACCAAGAGAUCUUCCCCAGAAGCCCAGUGAAGAGGCUCAGGCCUGUGUGAGUUGGCUGGCUCAUCUGAUGGUGCGGAUCCAAGAGGAGGGCUCUCUGAUCAGCCCCUGGUCUCUGAUGGCCUGCCUGUUGCUCCAGGCUCCUGCCACGGUCUUAUCAGAGGAGGGCCUGCUGUGGCACCAGCUCACAGAGAAAACCCUCUGGCUCAGGAAGCUGGCGCUGGACUUCGGGGCUCGCCUGAACUGGCCUGGACACGUCCCUGAUUUGGAUGUGAUGUCAUCCAACAUGGCCAUCCAUCGCUCCGUAGUCCACCGUAAAGCCGGGCGUGUCUUCCUGGUUCAGGAGGACGAGCCUGCGAGGAAACGUCCCGUCAGCCCGGAAGAGGGUGUGGCCAAGAUGGCGGCGGCCAUGCUGAUGCUGGCCUCCUACAGGAAUCAGUCCGUGCACGUUUUCCUGCGUCCCGCCAUGCUCGCAGCAGCUGUACGAAUCACAAAGAGCACACAGAGAGACGAGCUCUUCGCCUUCUUCUGCUUCCUCCAGGACGUCUUCUCCAACGAAUUCCUCUUCAUUCCGGGAAAGUCAUCUCAGGACUUUGAGGAGGCGUGCUUCCUCCUGAAGAAGUGCGGAGCGGUCCACGUCAGCCAGCAGGAAGUGACGGUGUCAGACGCGGGGCUGGAGGUGUUGUCCUUCCUGCAGGCUCUUCUACAACCCUUCAUAGACUCUUAUCAGGUGAUGUUCAGGUACCUCUGUGAAGAGGCAGUCCAUGUGUUCUCUGAGAAAGAGUUCCAGCCUGCUGUGAGAAACUUGGCCACGAAUCUCAUCCUCUCAGGUGAGCUUCACACCUACGAGGCCCUGUCCUCAGACAUGCAGAAAAACGUCCUGUCGGCUCUGCGGCGGCUGGAGACGGUGACAAAGUUGAGGGCGUCUGAGCAGAAUGAACACAAAGUGGACAAAGCAGCUGUCAGAAGAAUCGGAGACGUUCUCUCUGGGAAAAUCCCUCCCCAGAUGCUCCAGACUCCACCUGACGCAAGACUUUAGUCUCCAUUGGCACAAAUCCAUCCUCGGUAUCAGCCCACGGUCCUGUUAACCCCUCUGUGAACUCGGCCUUCCUUCCUUCCCCACCUCACUUCUUCUCGUCUCUGUGCCUUCAUGCGGCCGUCAGUCGAUGUGCAGCACCUUCACUCUGCACUCAGACAAAACACUUUCUAUCCUGGACGCCGGUGGCCUGACUUAAACCUGGCACUGUUCCACUCCCUACGUUUUUUUACCUUGAUCUCUCUGUGUCUGUGCGCCCAUCCCUUUCAGAUCUGACUGGGCUACGAUAAAGCUACACACAGCUGACAUGGUGGCCUAAAGGUGACAGUAUUGCUGAUUGCUGUAAUCAGAACAGGCUGAUGAAGAAAAGACAAAUGUAUGUCUGAUGCACUAGUGAUGCCUGUGGCUGAAGAUACUGAACCAUGACUGUACUUAAAUCAGUUGUAUUGUGUUAGUAUGUUUUUUUCUGUCUAGAUGUAGAGAUAUCUUUAAUCAGUUGAGUGAAUGAUGAACAAUUACAUCAGCUCGAUUUCAGGAAUAAUAAGUGCAAUUAGUUACUAACACCGAAUAAUGACACUUUUGAUUGUAUUGCAACACUUUAUAAUAACCACUGUUAACAUAUGUUAUAUUUAUAGUUAAACUUAAGUUGAAGGAGACAUAUUAUGCUCAUUUUCAGGUUCAUCGUUUUAUUUUUGGUUACCACUAGAAAAGGUGUACAUGCUUCAAAAAAUACUUAAGCUUCACACUGUCUUCCCCUGAAAUGCUUGGUUUAAGGUCCUGUCUCUUUAAGGCUGGCCCGCUCUGAUUGGUCAGCUCACACAUGCCUGAGCCUGCACCAUUCCUCAUGCCUCUAUUUCAUCUCUGUCAUAUUUAAGCUUCCAGUUAGCUUCACUUCCCUUAUGAAUAUAGGCAUGAAUUAUGCAAAUGUGUGACAAGGUGACAUAGGAAUUAAAGGCGUGACUACUGAUGGUGCGUUUCAGGAGCAGUGUUUUCUGUGGGAGAGAGAAGUUCCUGUCAGCGAACAAGCUGAAGGAUACAAAAAAAAAACCAUACAGGCAUAAUAGGUCUCCUUUAAUAGUUAUUUCACCGUUAACGACAUGCUGUAAAAAACAUUAAUUAAGCAGUUGUAAAGAUUUAUAGAUAUCAGUAGCAAUUUUUACAGCAAACAAUUGCCUAAGAAAAGUUUUUAGAGCUGUUCAGCGUUCGUGAACAGUGAAAUAACUUUUGGAUUAAAGUUUAAUUGAUGGUAAACUUACCGUUUUUAUUAAUGAUGAUAAAAUGUUACCAAUUGUAUGUACAUUAAAGGCGCAAUAUGUAAGAAUUGUUGUUCAAAAACAUUCAGAAAUUGACCUUAGCAUGCUAACCAGCUAGCCCACAGCCAGUUUAAACCUGAGCUGAUUGUCCAACGACAUCAGUCAGCUAGUAUGACCGCUAGAUGCACGGCUAACUGAGCUUCCGCCAGCUACAGUUAGCAGCAGUUAGCGGUUACCCUGGUGAAAUGCUGCCCCCUGUUUGUUUGGAGUGUGAAUCCGACAGGUGGGCAAUUCUUAUGUACUGCACCUUUAAUGUGCCUGUAAAAACCAGUAAGUACCAUAACAAUGUGAAAUACCAUAACCCAUCAAAGAUGUGAAGUUUUGUAAGUUUGAGACAUUUAUUUUAACUUCUUUACAAUAAAUGUAAAACAAAUGUAACAAAAUG